AUGUAUGUUUUAACCAAACAUGACGAUAGUCUAUCUCUUACAUCUCCUUCAUUAACUAAUUAUUUGGAAUCCAAGUUAACAAGAUCAACCAAGAUACUCAAGCGCGUGGACAGCGUGGCGGAAGGAUUAACCGAGACACUCAAUCGUGUGGACAACGUGGCGAGAGUCGCUGAUUGGGUGGUUUCUCUUCAAGGUGAUCGAAUUCGGCCAGAAAACCCUUUUGAUCAACAAGUUAUUCGGAUGAAGAUCAAGCCACAGACACAAGAGUCACAAGAGAGUCUGAUUAAAUUAACAGGUGAGGCCGAAUCAGUCUACCACACUGUCCACGGGAAAUCUGGUAAUACCUUCUUUGUAAUAUUCUUUAUUGUUCGCAAUUUAACUAAUCAACUUGUCUCACUCAAACGAUGUUGCACCAAAAACCCAAUACCCUCAACCCACAGAUUUCUUGUAGCAGGUCGGAUCUGUAAACCGUCGAUGGUUGAGUCCUUCCUGCUAACAUCUUCAUCUUUGUAUGAUCUUGUCGUGAUGUCUUCCAAUCAAUCCAACCUCUACAGCGACCCGCCGAUCGAUUCAUUGAGUUCUGCUAGAUCGCUUCGUAUCAUUCAUGACACUGAUGUCGUUGGUAUUCUCUCAAAAAAAGAGAUGCUCGUUAUCCAAUCUCUUGUCCGCAGGCAUGCUCGCGUCUUGAUGUGUCGCCAAACAAACGCUUCAGCCAUCCCACCUUCUCUUUCGGAAGCCGAGCUGCGUGGUUUUAAAGAGCGCUUUCCAGCCGGAGACCCACUUCCUCAUGGAACGUCUGUGGCUUUGAUCGAUGUUACGGACUUCUUCAAAACGGGUGUUUAUAUGAACGACAUAGGCUUCGUCGAGACUGAAGACGACUUGAAGAGAUGGGGUCUUCAACGCUUUUCUUUCGACUGGGAUGCCAACAUAGAAGACCGUGUCAACGCCUCACUUUGCGAACUAUUCUGGAUCUCUUUCUACCGUGCGAUCCAAUCCGAGUAUUAUAGAUUCACUAUCAACCCACAUGUCCUCAGCCGCGCAUACGUCUUGCCUGUGUUGUCGGCCCACUUCAGGCACCUCCGUUCGAUGUAUCAUACUCAAUGCAACAACCAAGAUGUGAUCAAUUAUCAUUUCAAGAUAGAAGAAAAACAAAACGUAUGUGGUAUCAAAAGCUUCAAUAACUACAUCAAGCAUUUUGCUGACUUUCAUCUCAACCUAGGCAUGGAAAGAUUACUCGGACUAUUUGAUCAAGUCGGGUGCUCCUGA